UAAAAGAAAAAUGUCGUAAAACAAAUCCCCUUGUUUGCGUGGAUUUGAUUGGUUCGCCGUUGUGAAUAUGAUUCCGACCCCACCUCUGGUAACUACAUAGCGAUGUUCCAGUGUUUACAAUUUCCUGGUAAUACCUGAGCCACUUUUUACGGUUUCGUGUUCCGGCCUCUCGCAAUUGUCAGAAUACCUGUCCACUUACGGUCAAACUGGUCAUUCAUCACACACAGUGACCGCAGAAAAAAAGGUCUUUUGCCAUCACAUAUCGUUAGCUGGGAAUGAUGACUCGUAUUUCACACUGAUAUAUGGACUAGAAAACCCCCUUCUGUGACACUUCUUAGGAACAUUGCUUAACCUUACAAACAUCUAAACUGACGUCAUGACACUGUCUCUCGUUCUAUCCGUUCUGCUGGGGUUGUCUGUGGCUAGUUUAACUGAUGGACUGGAACAGGCAAGGGCAAGAUGGCCAUUUAACAAAGUGGAAGGACAGGACGGUCCACAGUAUAUAAAUGCACCUCUGGUUACAAACAUUGGUAAUACCAACAUGCUCAACAGUGUGGAUACAAACAACAUCAACAACCUGGACAUAAACAACAUCGACAACGUGGACACAAACAACAUCAACAACAUCGGUAACUAUGGAAACUGUCCACUCGAGCGACACGAGAUGCCCAAUAUGUAUUACCACAGGGAAUCAUUCGGGAAACGUUUUGAACGGAAAUGCCCUGAUAGGCUGAUCUUCAGUGAAGUUGAUUGCGCAUGCGCAUUUCCUCCAGACGAGUGUACCGGGAUGAGGGAGUCCGUUGAAGGACCCCGACAUUACCAGCAGUACGCUGCUGGCCGAUGGAUUACCAUGAAAUGUGCUCCGGGGACCGUCUACAAUAAAGCCUCGUGUCGCUGUGAUAUCCACAGCGAGCUGGGACUGAGCAAGAGCAAUUGGGUGGACGGGUCAAUAUUUAACUAGCAGUCCGUUUUAAAUAUACAAUGAGACUAAAAUAUGACAAUGAGAAAUGAAGGACGACUUUGAAUGUCAACUUUAUUGCGUUUUCAUCACAAUCAGAAAGGCGAUUUAAUGUCUCGUACAUAUAAUCUAAACAAUGAGUGAAUCCGGAUUGUACAUUGACAGAUUACAUUGAACUACAGUAUGUGAAGUGAAUACCUGUUAUUGCCAAUGGCCGAUAUGAAUUUGUAAUAAAUUUACCAAUAAUUUCAA